AAUAGAAUGUUUAAACGGUUUCUCCCACUUGAACCAAAUGAAAAGUACGAACCCUAAAGAGCAAUCGCUGCCGCACGCACUCCUCCGCAUUCCGCCGUGGUGACGGACCUCUGCGACGACGAUCCUCCUCCCUGCCGAACCUCUUCCCUGCCGAAUCUCCUUCAAGCCGAAGGUUGAAGUUAGGGUUGCCACUGCAAAUGGGUGUGGCGGAGGCCAACACAGCCCUUCAAGCGCCCUCCAAAGCGACGUCAGAGAGCGUCGAAGCCUUGCUUGAUGCUGCAAGAUAUAAUGACAUGGAUGAUGUUAAGAGCUUAGAGGCAAGUGGGGUUCCUCUUGAUUCCAUGGAUGAUCAGGGGAGAACAGAUUUUAAUGGAACUAGAGAGACUAUGGUGAGGUUCGAGCAAUGGUCUAGUCGCAGCCACAAUGUCUCCUCUCCACCUACACCCAUCACCCAUGGUGGUGAUCCCUUAAAUGUUCCCUUGUACUCCUCAACAACACAUGUUGCUGCAGCAAAGUAAAUCCACAAAUACAAC